UGGACUAAACAUUUUUUAGGAAGAGAAUGCAAAAUAAACCACUUGAAAUUCCGAAUUGUUGCUCAUAUAAAGAAAAAUAGUGAAAAUAAACUGAACUUCAAACGAACAGAUGUUUACAUUUUGUCUAACGAUUCCUGUCGGGCUGAAGCAUAUGACGAAUUGUGUACUCAUCAUGUUCUUAUUGUUCGAAAUAAUAACUACGUAGUUAAAAAUGACAAUGUUUAAUGUGUACUGGCUGAUUGUGGUGUGUGUACUUCUCGUGAAAGGGACAGCACAGAACUUUAUACCACUUCCGGUUCAAAAUAAAUCAAGUAACUAUAUGGUAUAUUAUUCCAAAGACUGUUCAGAAACGCGAAAGUUAGCACGUUUUCCGGAAACUUACGAAGUGGAAAACAAGUCCAUCCGAAGACUGAGCGCAGCAAACGAUUUCAACGCCACCUACUUUGAAAGGGAGGCGCUUGAUUUGAACGGAAGCGUUGAUUUCUACUAUCCCGGGAUUCUCGUGCAAUUUAGAGUCCCGGACGUGUCCUCUUAUGAUGAAAAGCCGAGGGGCUUUGAAAUCAACCUACAAAGUCAUAAGGGUCUGACGUGUUUCGUGGUACAGAACAAGACCACCUGGACACCAAACGAGGAGGUGGAAAUUCAGUUGUUUCCGCUAGAGGGCAUGACGCUUAAUCGCGUUUUCGUGACCAGUCUCCCAAAAUACGACGUCACAGACCAGACAAGUGACGUCAUCGAAGUUGCAACGGGUCAAUGGCAGCAGUAUAUUAACAGCAGUAAAGAACCAGAAGCGUCUGCGACCUGGUCGCCAAAAAUCCGGUACGAGGUUCACGAAGAAGUCUCGGCAAGAUCCGUCGAAGUAGUGUUUACGCGCCCGAACGCUGCCUACCAUUUCCGGCGUUUCGAAGUCGCGCUAAUAUCCAAGCAAUCAAUCACUGACGUUCACGUCGUAACGACGUCAAAUUUUCACCACACGUUUGCCCAUGUGACACCCGGCGAAUAUAAAAUCAUGUUCCGUCCAAUAGACGAAUAUUUCUCCAUCUUCGGACUCUGUCUUUGUCGUCUUGACAACGGCGCCUGCUCCAGUUGCCUGACAACCAGAAUUGAAUCCAUCCAAGUCAAAAAGGUUACGGCAAAUAAGUCGUUCUGAGCAAAGCCACGUUUAAACCACCUGUUAUUUGAUAUUGUAUUAGUUUACAAAACCUGCCAUGAACAUGUAUAAACUAUUUGAUAAUGAAAAAGUCUAUCGAUUUGCACGAUAUUAAAUAUUGUUAUAAAACAAAACAAAUGCCUAUGAUAUGAGAAUCAAAUGUUGAAAAAGGUGAAAAUAACUGCCACCCAGAAACUUUAAAAUAUGUAUCAAUUAAAGGGACCUGAACUUAUAUUGUAAUUUAAACAGAAAUACCAAUUAACUUAUUAUUCAAACAUGUAUUGUAGAUGCAUUUAUCGGUUAUUAAAAUAUCGUCUACA